GUCAAAUGCAGAUAAUCUUUUAUUUUGUUUUUCUACAUUUUCCUAGCUAAUAACAAAAUUAAUAUAUAACUUAAACUUUAAAUAUUAUAAUGAAGAAACUCUUAUGGACUUGAAAUAAAUUGUGAUUACUGUGAUAUUAUAAAUAUACAUAAAAACCUCGUUGUUAGAGACAUACUAGGCAUUAUUAUCUUUAAAUGUAUAAAAUCGCAAUAAAAUGAAUGAAAAUAUAGACGACAAUGUAGCCGUUUUGGCUAUUUUAGAUAAUCAAUCCUCUCCAUAUAAACAAAACAUCAAUCUGAACAACUACAAUCUCAACGCUCAUCAAGUUAGUCAAGAAGAAAUAGAAACAAAUGAAACCAGCAAACAAAAUUUUAAUUGGACAAAGAAUGCGACACUGAUGCUUUUAAAUCUAUAUGAAACUAAGUUAAAUAUGUUAGAUAAUCCUAAAAAGAAAUCUAAGAUGUGGUCAUCAAUGGCAGAAGAAUUAAAAUCAUUCCACGUAGAGGUAACACCCGAUCAAGUGAGGUGGAAAAUUAAUGCCCUCACAAAGAAAUACAAGGACUGUAUUGACAAUGGCCAAGGUUCAAUUGCAUUUAAAUAUUUUAAUGAAAUGCAUCAAAUCCUUGGAAGAUACAGUGAAGACAGUGGGACAUAUAGGCUAGCAUCAGGUGUGGUGCAAGGAGAAGAAAAUGAGAAGGAUCAUAGUGUUAUAAAUAGAAAGGUAGCUUUCAAAAAUAACACAUCUUUUAGAAAACUUCGAGCUGAACGUAGAGCGAAAGUAGAGUUAGAUAAACAAUGGAUUGAGUAUAUAAGAAAACAAGAAGAACAAAAGUUAAUGAGGGAUGAAAGGUAUGAAAGAAGUUUACGAUUAAAAGAAGAAGAACUUCAAUUAAAAAAGAAAGAACUAGAAAUUAAACAGUCAAUAGCAUUAAGAAAAUUAAAAUUGAAAGAGAAAAAACAAGAAGAAUUUUUAAAGAUUGAAAGAGAAAAAUGUGCAUUGUUAAAAAAGUUAUUGGCUGACCAGUGAUUAUUAAAAUAAUAAGACAUAAAUAAAUGAACAUUUUGUAUGAUUAAAUAUUUGAAUAUAUUGUAUAAUUAUUAUAUAAAUAUAAACAUACAUAUUUCCUAGGCCAACUAUAGAUUUGAUUAGUAGUAAAUCAAAUAUUUAAGUUAAUUUUCACAUAAAUUUCCUUGUGAGCUAUUAUAUAUCUUCUAGGUGAUCAUUUUCAUUAAGACAAUAAUUAUGUAAUAUGCAGGCAGCUACAGUUGUAUCUGUGAUAAAAGCAAUAUUUCUAUACCCUGUAAACAGUUUCACUCUUUUGAAUCUGUUUUUUAAAGAAUUGAAAGCCUUAUCGCUUAAUUUUCGGGUAACAGCAUGUAGUGCAUUAAAAUCUCUUUGUUCUUUAGUCAA